CAGCAGAAUGGAAACACAGAAGGAAUUUCAUCUGGAUCUGCACAACAGAUAGCUCCACAGACACCUCCUAACACUCCAGAUCCUCGAAGCCUGCCAAACCCUGAAACCAUUGCACCAGGAUACACUGGUCCACUUACAGAAGUGCCACCAGAAAAAUUUAAUGAGACAGCAGUUCCUAAAUACUAUAUGUCUCCUUGGGAAGAAGCUAUUGUUAAUGAACCAGAACUACUGGAAUCCUUGUACUCCAAGAUGCCCACACCAGGGGAUAAGAUGCUGCCUCCCGACUACAGAAGUUUUAACAGGGCGGCUACUCCAUUUGGUGGGUUUGAAAAAGCAUCCAAGAUGACUACAUUCAAGAUGCCAAAAUUUGACCUGCCAUCUAUGAAUGAUUUCACAUUUGAUAUGAUACCAAACCCCAUCAAUUCAAGGAAAUCCUUUAAUAGAGCACCUCAAGGAUGGACAUCUCAACAUCCCCAUAUUAUAGUGUCCACUGACAUCCUCUUCAACCCUGAAGUUCCAGAGUCUGAUGAUCUGUGA